CGCUUGAGCCUUGCGACGCAACGCGCAAGCGGACGGCGUGCAGCAUCCCUAUCUCAUCCCGAGGUCUUGCAUAACUGUACACCAAUUCUGGGUUAGCACCGGAAGACCUAGGGCGCAUCUAUACGUAGUGGUCAAUACGAGAGCCUCGGUCUACCGAGGGGCAGACGGGCUCGAAGGGACAGGAUCAUUGACGUUGGCCCGAGUCGUAGCUAAGUCUCAAGGAGAACGAUGGAGACGCAGCCAUUGCUGCCUUCGCGAGGUGUCAGCCGUGGACGGCUCGCGGUUCUGAAGACGGCCGUUAUGACAGUCGUACUCGUGGCUGCCAUAGGGGCCUUGCUGACCUAUUCAGGCAUUCUGUGGCAUCCUGGCUUUUCGGCACACUCGUCUGUGAGGAGACCGUCAUUUGACGAUGAACGACCCGGCCGGUUGCCCGUCAUGGGCUACAACACUUGGAACGCCUAUUAUUGCGACAUUAACGAAGAUAAGAUCCUGAAGACUUCAGACCUCAUGAAGUCUCUGGGACUUCUCGAUCUUGGUUACAACUACGUUAAUGUCGAUGACUGCUACUCUGAGAAAGAACGCAACUCGAAUGGAGAUAUCGUUGAAGAUCCUGAAAAGUUUCCCUCGGGGAUGCGCACACUGACUGACAAGAUACAUGAAAUGGGCUUCAAAGCCGGUAUAUACAGCGACUCCGGAUGGUUCACCUGCCAGAUAUACCCGGGUUCCUUCCAAAAUGAAGACAGGGAUAUUAAACUAUUCCGGGAAGACUGGAACUUCGAUCUAUUGAAGUACGACAACUGCGCGAUACCAUUUGACGAUGUCAUCAAAGAAGGCAUGGUCGGAAAGUUCCAGCGGAUGGCCGACGCCAUUGGAAAUCUUGCUCAGAGCACCGGCAAGCCUCCGAUCCUGUUUUCGUUGUGUCAAUGGGGAGAGGAACAACCAUGGCUAUGGGCCAAGAAGAUCAGUCAGACCUGGCGGACCACCGAGGAUAUUGGCGCAAAUUGGCGGUCUGUCAUGGAUAUCCUCAACAGGAACUCAUUCAUCACAUGGGCGAACGACUUCUACAGCCACAACGAUAUGGACAUGCUUGAAGUGGGCAACGGCGAGCUCUCAUAUGAAGAGGCCAAGGUGCACUUCACGGCUUGGGCCUUGCUGAAGUCCCCUCUCCUUAUUGGCACGGACCUCCCAUCUGCCUCCGAGGAGACUCUCUCAAUUCUCAAGAACGAAGAGAUCAUAGCGAUCAACCAGGACCCAGUUGUCGGAACUAGCGUCGGCCCCUUCCGCUGGGGAAUCAACCCUGAUUGGACCUACAAUGCUACUCACCCGGCACAGUACUGGAGCGGUGAGAGCGAGAAUGGCACGGUGUUCAUGUUGCUGAAUACCUUGGAUGAGCCGGCGGACCUUACAUUCAACCUUACGGAGUCGCCCUGGAUCAAGGCUGGUCGUCAGUACUCGGUCCGCGACCUGUGGACGCACACGGAAAACGGGACGGCCAUUCGCAGCUACACUGCACACGCGGUACCCGCGCACGGUGUCGUCGCGCUGUUAUUGAAAGAUGCGGGCGACGAGCCGGAAGGUCUGUGGCCGCCGUGCAUGCGCCUGAACUGGUGCAUGGCGGAGAACGGGACGCGGUACGAUGGGCGCAGUGUGCGGGAGCUGUGAAUGACCUGAAAACGAGAGGUCACUUUCUUGAACAAAUGGACAGAUCAGACGGAGACAGUGGAAAUGAGCGGAUGUAUAUCGAUGGACUGUAUUGUGCUUGACGAUCAUGAUGUAUGUAUGUACUGCGUGUUUCGUGUACGUUGUUUUGUAUGCUUGGAACAGAGGCUGCGUCUCUCUGUACAACUCUUGUGCGUGUCUGCUAUGUCCGUUGUGCAGCUGUGCGGAUGUUGAUGACUCUGGUGGUUCGGGGGGGGGGGCGGACACAACUAACUGGUCGAGAC